GAUGGUCAUUAUGUGGCGCAUAUUAAACGAUCAUUCUUAGCCAAGUGUAUUCCACAUGAACCACCUGUGUAUCAUGUUGGCUCGCCAAUCUGUGGUGGCAGCGAUCAAGAAUGGAUAAUAUUCAAUGAUGAAAAAGUCGCCAAAAGUGAAUGUCCACCGCAUCGUCAUGCUUAUCUCUACUUUUUCCGACGUAUAGACGCUGAUACUGAUGCUGCCGCUGCCGCUGGUACACCGAUGGCGACAAAUUAAGUCUGUCUGCAUAUCUAUACCCCGUACUAUUCGAGUUGUUGCGCUUUAGAUGUGACUUUAUCAGCGCUCAGACAAACAGACAA